AUGGGAUCUGAAGCCAGUACAGCGCCUAAUGCAUCCAAGUCCAAGCAGGAACGGAUCCGCGAUAAUCAACGGCGCAGCCGCGCUCGGCGCCAGGAAUAUCUGGCUGGGCUAGAAAGACGGGUCAAAGAAUGCCAGGUGGCCUGUCGCGAGGCUCAGCUGCAGCGCGCAGCGCUCGGUGAUCUGCAAGUUGAAAAUGCCCGUCUGCGAGAUCUAUUGAAUUAUGUCGGUAUCAGUCCUAACCUCGUCGAGACUUUCGGCCGCCCUGACAUGCAAUCACUCCCGCAUAACGCCGCAGCAGUUGCCCAUCGACAAAUCAGGCCCAAAUAUCAGCAGCCCAGCGUAUUGGGCACCAGCGACUUGCCCAGCGCGACCAUGACAAAACAGGAGUCGAAUUCGGAAUUAUGUUGUCCGCCAUACUCGUCCCCGACAUCGCUUGGUCCUCCGAUACCUGCUUUGACGACUGAUAACCUACAAGUCUAUGGUGGCAAUCAGUGUCCACCUUUGGUGGCCACUUCUGACACGCCUACGACGAGUCUGCCUGAGAUCGCCUCAUUGUCCCCGGUCAGUUCGUACGAGUGGAUGCUUUGCCCGGAUAGUCAGAAUCCCCCUGCGUUCUCUGACGAGAAUUUCUGUUGCGAUGCCUUUGGGAUCCCCCCGAACGGACCGCUUUUGCCACCAGAGAACGCGAACGCCGUGCAAUGUCUGAUAGCGAAAGGGAUAAUCGAGCAGUACGACCCCACCCCUGCAGAAAUGGAUGAAAUCGCGGCACGGCUUGCCACGGCCUUUAGCCUGCCAAAAACCCCGGGGUCGGGUUGUCGAGUCGACAGCCAACUUUUGCUUCAAAUAUUACAGGAGAUGGAUUCUAGACCGAAACGUGACUGA